UGCCAUCUCUAUUAAAAAGUGCAGAUCAAUUCCUACACUUCUAAUUCGAACAGAUAUACAUUUUGUGAAAUAUCCGCUGGUGAGACGUGUCUUAAAUCACGUAUACUCAUGGAUAACAAGUCAGCCGUGUCCGGCCUACAGGAAUUCUGCGCCAAGUCCAAAAACGUUCCACCAACAUAUGAUUUUAUUGAUGGCGAAGAUGGUGGAUACGUGUGUAAAGUUGUUCUCAUGGAAAUGGAGGCCUAUGGAAAUGGGCGCUCCAAACGCGAUGCCAAACACCUGGCUGCUUCCAACAUCCUACGUAAAAUUCGUAAACUUCCAGGCGUGAGUAGCUUGCUUGAGGAGUGUGAUACCAACUCGAUGGCCGAUCUGUGCGAGGAGAUGACCAAUCUGAAUCGCGACAUGCUGAAGGAGCUGCGGGACUACUGCGUGCGCCAUGAUAUGCCACUGCCCACCAUUGAGAUUGUGCAGCAGAGUGGCACUCCUAAUGCCCCGGAAUUUGUGGCCUGCUGCUCCGUGGCCUCCAUAGUUCGCUACGGAAAGUCGGAUAAGAAAAAGGAUGCUCGCCAGCGAGCGGCCAUCGAAAUGCUGGCCGUGAUCUCAAACGAUGCGGAUGAUUUUCGUGCGGAUAAAAUGCAGGUAGUCAGCACUAAACCCACGGAUGCAUGUCUCGAUGAUAAUCUUGAGGAUCUGGAGGCGGAGCGCAGGAAGAAGUUCAACACCUACAGAGAGCUUACAGAUGCCGGAAGCGUAGACAAUACGGGUCUGCGCCUCUGCGAUCGCCACAACUACUUCAAAAACUUCUAUCCAGCCCUUAAGCAAGCUGCAUUUGAGGUAAUCAACACAGAUGAAUACGUCAGCUCCAAGGACAAGGCUUUAAGCCUACUGAGCGCGUUGAAGAUCACACCAACCAUAAGUACUUUGGAAUCGUCAUCGAUGGAACCUUUGCUGAGUAUCGAACUGAAUUGCGACUUUGAUGUCGUAUUUGUGGCUCUUGAAAGCAAGAUCUACCUUCAGAUGAUAGAAUACUUCAGCACAAUGUUGAUAUAAUCCUUAUAAUUUCCAAUAUAUCUAUGGAAUAUAUAACAUUUAUUUUUAACUAGAGUCGGCUUACAAAUAAGUAAACUGUCUUGUAUUUACACUUUAAACAAGUUCAGAUAAUGCACAUUUUUGUUUACGUCUUACUAUCUAUUUGGUUAAUACAAUCUUCCACAUAUUUUGUGGGUGUAAAACAUGAAAAAGUAA